CCCCCUCCCCCCCUCUUGCGCCUAAUCGAGCAACACCAUGGCCGCCUCGAACCUGCGCUUCCUCAAGAUCGUGACCGCUGUGGUCAACCUUCUUUUCUUCAUCUCCGGUGUGGCCCUCAUCACCGUCGGUGCCUACGCCCUGCAUGAUGAGCUGUCCGCCCUGACGUCGGUGACCCUGUCCGUGGGUAUGAUCAUCCUCGGCUGUCUGGUUACCAUCAUCUCCUUCCUUGGCUGCCUCGGCUCGAUUCGCGAGUCGCCCGGCAUGCUCAAGGCCUAUGCCACUUUCACCUUCCUGUUCAUCGUUUGCGAGGUUGCCAUCGGCAUCACUGCCUACCUGAUGCGCGACGACAUCCCGGAGAUUGCCCAGAAGAGCUGGUCCCGCCUGCAUGAGGAGGAUCAGGACGCCAUCGAGGACCUCCAGAACCGCUUCAAGUGCUGUGGCUGGAGCACCACCGAUGACCACUCGGUCCCCACGGAGAACUGCCCCGCGGCCACCGGCUUCACCGAGUCGUGCAGUGCCUCGAUCAUCAGCUUCAUCGAGAGCAAUCUGGCCUACAUCGCCACGGCCGGCAUUGUGAUUGCCGUUCUGCAGAUCCUCUGCUUCGGCUUCUCCUGCUUCAUGAUCUCCCGCAUCAACCGCAACCGUCAGCACGAGCGCAUGGUGGAGGAGAGCCGCCACCUCAACCGCCGUGACGAGGGCUACAACACCUACGUCUAAAGGAAAAUAACCCCGGGGAUACCACGAGCCCUCCCCCUCCCCCCCCAUGCGCACAUGGUUUGAUCCCCCCUCGCCUCUGCUCCCCCUCCCCCCCCCCCCCCAUGCGCGAGGGGCG